UUUGCCGGCGACAAUGAGUAGAUGUAGUGCUGCCACUAAAACAUGAAAUUUAAAAAUUUUCUAGGCUUUAACAAGUCUAACGUUAUUUAACUAAGAAAAAGGAUAAAAUAACUUUGCUAUUUUUAAUGUAAUAACAAUCGAUCAUUUUAAACUAAUUAAUCUACUUUUUUCUCUUUUUUGUACAAAAAAUUCCACCAAGAGCAAGAUAUUUUAAUAUUAUAGAAGUGAAAUGUUUAAAUGUGGCAACAACGAAAUUAUGUACUUCCAUACCGAACAGCUGUUGUGCUAAAAUAAAAUCGAAUUCUUUUGCUUGUGCUGCACAUUAUUUAUGUUUGGUAUAACAAUGGACUUGGAUGAAAUUUUAAUAGAAGAAGUACGCAAUCAUCCACUGCUGUACGAUCUUGCCCACAUGGAGUACAAAAAUUUGAGAAGAAAGGAUUAUGCAUGGAAGGAGGUUGCAGCUAAUACAAAGUUGAGCGAACUGGAGUGCAAGAAACGAUGGAAGAGCCUCCGCGACUCCUAUAAGCGCUGCAAAAGGAUGGAUCAACUCGCUUCCGGCAGUAGUGCUGAAACACCAAGGAAAAAAUGGAGAUACUUCGAAUCACUAUCAUUUUUGGAAAAUGUAUCGAAUUCCAGGCGCACUAUUGGAAGUAUAAGCGCAGAUGAUACUCAAUUUAUCGAAGAAAGUGAAGUGAUGGAAAUUGUUGAUGUCAAUUCAGCAAACAAUUCUCAACCUGCAAUAGAAAGACCUCAACGUUAG